AUGAUGAAUUGCAAAUCAGCCCCAACACCAAUAGUGACAGGUUUGAAGUUGAGAAAAGAUGACAAAGAAGCUUAUGUAAAUUCAACUUUGUAUAAAAAACUUGUUGGAAGUCUUAUGUACUUAACAACCACAAGAUCGGACAUAAUGUUUGGAGUUAGUCUCAUUUCAAGGUUCAUGGAAUCUCCAAAAGUUUCACAUAGGCAAGCUGGAAAAAGAAUUUUGAAAUAUAUUAGUAGAACAAGGAACUAUGGAAUUAUCUACUCAAGCGUAAAUGAUUUCAAGCUAAUAGGAUACACUGGCAGUGAUUGUGUAGGGAGUAUAGAUGAUAGGAAAAGUACUUCAAGCUAUGUUUUUCAUUUUGGAUCAGGUGUAGUAUCUUGGGCUUCAAAGAAACAGCCAAUUGUCACUCUUUCAUUAGUUGAAGUAGAGUAUGUAGCAGCUACAAGGGCAGUGUGUCAAGCAGUUUGGAUGAGAAGAAUGUUGAAUGAAUUGAAACAUGAACAAGAAAAGACAACAAAGAUAUAG